GAGAUAACAACGCCCUUGCCUUUAGAAUAAGAUACAUAGUUAACAACAGUAUUUCCAUACGUUCAACGAGAUAUAAGAUGGCUAACACAUUCCACUCGCGAGAAUUACCUACAGUGUCAGAGAAUUCGCAGCAUUAAAGCAGAGACUUGGCAACCAUAGACGAAAAUGGAAACAACUACACCAUCGCCAACUAUGGCAUCGAACAUCAGUACUUUGACUCUCUUGAAUGCGCUAAUCGAAUUGUACAGACCGGAUAUCGUCGACUCCGAGCACAGGGUGAAAUCGAUACCUGUGUCCGAAUUACAGUCUCAUUACGAUUAUAUAGUAAUCGGCGGUGGGUCAGCUGGCUCGGUUGUUGCUAAUCGUUUAUCGGAAAAUUCUAACUGGACGGUGCUUCUGCUGGAAGCUGGACACGAUGAGAUACCGCUAACCGAUGUGCCUGCGUUGUGGACGACAUUUCUAGGUAGUGAUGACCUAACCUGGAAAUAUAAAUCCGAGCCGUCCGACAAAUAUUGUCUAGCUAUGAACAACCAUCAGUGCGUAUUUCCACGUGGCAAGGUCCUCGGGGGAAGCAGCGUGUCGAACGCGAUGCUUUACGCUCGCGGAAAUAAGAGGGACUACGACAACUGGGCGAGGUUGGGUAAUCGGGGGUGGGAUUACGAGAGUGUGUUACCCUACUUCAAAAAGUCGGAGGACAUGAGGAUCAAAGAGUACGAGGAUUCAUCGUAUCAUGCCACUGGUGGAGACCUAACCGUCGAAUACUUCAGAUACCGUGCUCCUAUAUCAGACUAUAUGCUAACAGCGGGACCAGAAAUGGGCUACAAUCGGACGGAUUAUAAUGGUGCCGAACAAACUGGAAGCUCCUAUUCGCAAGGCACACUUAGAGACGGAUUGCGUUGCAGCACAGCGAAGGGGUUUCUUCGAUCGGUCUCGAAAAGGCCGAAUCUACACGUCAGCAUGAAUUCGACCGUCGAGAAGAUUCUCAUACGCAAAUUGGGAUUCUUAAAGAAAGCGCACGCGGUUCAAUUCCGAGUAGGAGACACCGUUCACACUGUAUCGGCGAAUCACGAGAUCAUUUUGUCUGCCGGUGCAAUUGGAUCGCCACAGUUAUUAAUGCUGUCUGGUAUUGGUCCCAGGAAGCAUCUAAGAGAAUUAAAAAUCCCCGUGGUACACGAUUCACCGGGCGUGGGCAGAAAUUUUCAGGAUCACGUGUCGAUCGGCGGUUUGUUCUACUUGGUAGAUCCUCCAAAGAAUUACACGAGCGAUUUGCCUUUUUCUAAUUUUCAAAAACCUUUUUCUACGGAGAUGGUCGACGACUUUGUUUACCGCGACAAUGGUCCCUUGUAUACAAAUAUGUAUGAAAAUAUGAUGUUCGUUAAUACCAAAUACGCAAAUGAAUCGGCGAAUUGGCCAGACAUACAAUUUAUGCUGACGACAACGCCUGCCAAUUCGUUCAAAGGUCCAGCUCUGUCCGAUGGUCUCAAUCUCAGAGACGAGUUUUACGAUGAACUUACCAAGAAUGUUCAGAACGAAACGUCAUACUCGGUUAUGGUGGUCCUGUUAAGGCCAAAGAGCAGAGGAUACAUUAGGUUGCGUUCGAAGGAUCAACGCGCGCAUCCGAUCAUCGAUCCCAACUACUUCACUGACGAGCACGAUCUCGAUGUCAUUGCCCAAGGAGCACAGAUCGCUUAUCAGUUUAGCCAGACCCCAACAAUGAAGAAACUGAACGCCCGGCCGAAUCCAAACCAGGUCCCAGAAUGCGCUUCACACGAAUUCCUGUCGGACGAUUAUUAUAAAUGUCUGGCCCGACAGUUCCCUUUGACAAACUCCCACUUGUGCGGAACUUGCAAAAUGGGACCAGGGACCGACCCAAUGGCUGUCGUGGACGACAAACUGAGGGUGCGAGGGGUUAAAGGGUUACGAGUCAUCGACGCGUCGAUCAUGCCGCAUAUCACUUCCGGAAACACGAACGCGCCGACUGUCAUGAUAGCUGAGAAGGGUGCGGAUCUGAUUAAAAAAGGCCGAGAAGGAAGAUACAAAUUCCAGUGUCCGAUUCGUUAGUGAGCAAUAUGGAAUCAGAAGAUUGUAUUGUAAAAGGUAUGGGUAACUACUAUUGUUUAAGGGAACUUAAUGUAAACGUGCACCUUAGCUUUAAAGCGCACCUGAUUAUAUACUAUUGGUCUAUGUAAAAAAACACAAUGUCAAUAGCAUAUUUGUAUUACACUUACGAGAUCAUGCGAUCGAUCUAUGCGAGUGAUCAUAAGACAUUUUAAUUGGCACGAUUUUGAUGUAACAGUUACUUAACCCUUUUUCUUACUAACUUAACCCUUAACACUUCCGGAAACACGAACGCGCCGACUGUCAUGAUAGCUGAGAAGGCUUCGGAUCUGAUUAACCCCUUAACUUGCACGCUCGAGUUAAUUCGAGCGCGCUAAACGGGCCAAACUGUGAAAAUAACAAUGUGAAAGCAAAAAAGAAUCGUUUUAUUGAUAUUUAUCAUUUACAUGGGAUUAUAAGCUAUAACGCUUAUUUAUUCAGGAAUAAAAUAUAACCUUUUUCCAUGGAACAAAAGCGCAGUAUAUCAAAAUUUAUUUUUUUGGCCGGUUUUUUUAAAAAAAAACUGUGCGUUAAGGGGUUAAACGAGGCCGUAGAAGGAAACUGUAGAUUCUAGUGUCCGAUUUAUUUUUAAGCAAAAUGGAGCAAGGCGAUUGUACUGUAAAAGGUAUGGGUAACUACUAUCGUUUAAGGGAACUUAAUGUAUACAUGAACCUUAUCCUUUCAGCCUUUGCACUCGAGAAUAUUUUUCUCAAUAAAUAUUCAUUACUUUCUGAUGAGAAGUCAGUGAUAUUUUUUACAAUUAACAUAAGGAUCUACCUUGCAUAAAUUAAGUGACAACUAUUUUAUUUCGAUGUUCCAU